AAACAACAACCCGAAAAGUAGGUGGUGACGUCCAACAGGGUCGUAGUGGGAAAGGCCACGUGCUUAUAGUUGAUAAAAUAGAAGCGGCAAAUAUUCAGGUUUCAGUUUUAGAAUUUAUUAUCGUUGCGGUGAUUUUGAAAAUCGUUUGGAAACUGUUCCUCUCAUCAUAACACGCGUAACUUCUCCUCGGUUACGAAACGCAUAUGGAGACCGAUAAAUUCGCCUUGGAUAAAAAGCGUUUAGGCAGAGGUGCCGUUCACACUGGAUUAACGCACGAAUGUGGUGUUUUUGGAGCAAUUGCAACGGGAAAAUGGCCAACCGAACUGGAAAUUUCGCAAAUUGUCUGCUGGGGAUUGGUCGCUCUUCAACAUCGAGGUCAAGAAUCGGCAGGAAUCGUUACAAGUGAGGGCAAAUGUUUGAAAAAUUUUAAUGUACACAAAGGAAUGGGGAUGAUCAAUAACAUAUUUAAUGACGAAGCGAUAAAAAAACUUAAGGGAAACUUGGGUAUUGGCCACACCAGGUAUUCGACAAGCGCCGCUUCCGAAGAGGUAAAUUGUCAGCCGUUUGUUGUCCAUACUCAACAUGGGGCCUUAGCUGUCGCUCACAAUGGAGAAUUAGUUAACUGUGAUAGUUUACGUAAAAUGGUAUUAUCAAGAGGAGUAGGUCUGUCAACUCACUCAGAUAGUGAAUUAAUAACGCAAGCAUUAUGUCUAAAUCCGCCCGAAGGAGAAAAAAAUGGUCCCAACUGGAAUGCCCGUAUUAAACACUUGAUGCAGUUGGCACCACUUAGCUAUUCCCUCGUUAUUAUGCUUCGAGACAAGAUAUAUGCUGUUCGAGAUCCUUAUGGUAACCGGCCGUUGUGUCUAGGAAAAAUACUUCCAUCAGGAGAGCCGCUGUAUGGCGAUUGCGACGAGAAACGGCAAGCGGAGGGUUGGGUUGUCGCUUCCGAAUCGUGCGGUUUCCUGUCGAUCGGGGCACAGUACGUGCGAGAAGUAUUCCCGGGUGAGAUUAUCGAAAUGGCGCAAGACGGAAUUAGGUCAAUUGAUAUUGUGGACAGGCCCGGAGAUAAAGCCCAAGCGUUCUGCAUAUUUGAGUACGUGUACUUCGCGCGAUCGGACAGUAUUUUCGAAGGACAGAUGGUGUACGCCGUUCGAUUACAGUGCGGACGCCAGCUUGCAAUUGAACACCCUGUCUCGGCCGAUAUCGUAAGUUCGGUGCCGGAGUCGGGAACGGCGGCGGCGCACGGAUUUUCGCGACAAUCUGGCAUCACGUUCGCCGAGGUGCUGUGUAAAAAUAGAUACGUGGGAAGAAGCUUUAUUCAGCCGAGCACGAGAUUGAGGCAGCUCGCUGUUGCUAAGAAGUUUGGCGCCAUAUCUGACAAUGUCAGAGGUAGGCGUAUUAUUCUGGUUGACGAUUCAAUCGUGAGGGGUAACACUAUUGGCCCAAUCAUAAAAUUGUUGAGAAAUGCGGGUGCAACCGAAGUACACAUAAGGAUUGCCAGUCCGCCUUUAUUGUACCCUUGUUAUAUGGGCAUCAAUAUUCCGACACGAGAAGAAUUAAUUGCAAACAAGCUAAGCCCGAAACAACUAGCAGUACACGUUGGUGCUGAUAGUCUGGAAUACUUAAGCGUGGAAGGUUUAGUGAAAGCAGUAAGAAGUGAUAUUCAGGUCAAGAGUCCAAGUACUGUUGGUCACUGUACGGCAUGUCUAACUGGUGAUUACCCAGGUGGAGAACCCAAAUUAUUUGAAUGGUAGAACUCACCUAUUUACUUGUGUUGUAAAUAUAUUUAUAAUAACUUUGACUUAUUUAUGAAAUGAUUUGGUAGUCUUUAGUUUUGUAUAUUUUUUUCAAAAUAAACUGCAAUUCAGAAACAAAAAUUGCAAUUACACGGUG